UUUUCCAUCUGGUCGGCUGUACUAUAUCUGCCUCAAAUCUGAAGAAACAAAUGUGCAAGAGAAUUGGAAAAUGCGUAUUUGAGCCGAAGUAACGAAUAAACGUUAGCUUUGCUCAAGAUAUGCGCUCUGGUUUUUGGGUAACUUUGCAACAAUCCUACAACAUUUUGCAACAAAAUGUAAUUGUAAACAACGUGUUGUUCCUCGUGCCUGUCACCAAUAGUUCAAUUCUUGCCGUGAUUCUUGCAGUGUCGUGCUGUGAUGGAUUUUGUAUCACGACAAUAAAUCCCGGCAUUCUUAAAAUAAAUUCCACCUGAUGCAAAUCCGUUCAUAAUCUAUGUUUACUUAGCCUGAAGAUAAACCCACUUUCGCAUAAAGUGUGACAUUCCAGUUGGUGGACAGUGCAGAAUAAGGCAGCACAAUGCGGAAUAAGGCAGCACAAUGCAUUGUGGUGAAAUGCACUAUACUUGCGAUGUGGAAAGCGGCCCCAUAAGUGGAAUUCAAGUUGCACUUAUAACAACAAAAACGCGAAAAUUUUACCGACGAUAUUGGAUAUUUGCUUUUUUUCACACACGACCCGACUUUCGAUCCUCCUUAAGUUCAAGUUUUGAGCAGGCUUAUAUCUACCAAUCAGAGUCGAGUUAUUAGUUUUCAUCAGUGAAGUCUAUAUCUGAGGGUAUAUAUAGCUAAAGUCUCUCUCUAUAUAAUUUUUUUCCAAUCAAUUCGGGGAUUACACGCGGGACUACUAGUAUCCCGCAUCGCGCGAGAUUAUUUAAAAAACUGCGGUAAUUCGUUUUUAGAUAGGAAAGCUCAGAAUUAAUGAUAAACAGAUAGUUUUUGCACAAUUUUGUGCUUUUUGGCGUAGGAAAAUCAGAUUUCAUAUUGUUUGGCGUAUGUUAUAAUCUCGAUCCAUCUUUAUGCCAAAUUCAAUGUGAGAUGUUGAGUAUUUUAAAGGAGUUACUGGUAUGAAGAUAAAUGACUGUUGGUAUGCACCAUAUGCUGGAUUAUUGGAGUUGGAUAUACUCGUGUUUGUGUUAUAUUUUAAAAAGAUAGCAAUCCAUGAUCGAAGUUAUCGCUGAUCUUGGAAGAAGAUAAUAUAACUAUGGCCUCUGAACAGAACACUCAUCACAACCAGAGUAACAGUAGCAGCAGUGUUGAUUAUCAACAUAGCGAUGAAAUCAUAAACGAUCAUCCAAGCUCCAGUCAAUAUGAGCAAGAGAUAGAUUCAUUAAAACUAAAGGUGUCCCGUUUGGAAGAAGCCACUGCAGAGAAAAUGAAGAUCUAUAAUGAAGAGAAAAGUACGCUUGAAAGUUCCAUUGUCCGCCUGAGAGCACAAGUUGAACGAGGGGAGACAACUCGACAGAAUUUAGAGUAUGAGUUGACCUUGGCCAAAAAAGCAACAAACCAAGUCAGAAGAUUGGCCGCAGAAAAAGAUUCAGAUACUUUGAAUAAUAUGGGUUUGUUGAAAGACCAACUCUCUCAAGCACAGACAAGACUGGCUAGUGUAGAACAAGAGCUCGCAAAUGUAAAAAAUAUCAGGAAGAAUGAAGCUGGACAGUGGAAGAAACAUCUUCAAACAAAGGAUAUUGAACUUAAUAAAAUGGCAACAAAGCUUGAGGCAUCUCAAAAAGAAUGUGAAAAGCUCAACAAGAUAUUACUGGAACAACAAAAUUCUCUGCUUGAAAUUCAAGAGAAGUGUUCCUCAUUAGAAGCUCAAAGACAAAGUCAGAACAACACGUUACGCCAUCAAGCAAAAGACUUGGAGUUCAGCGCUGAGAGAGAAGAACGACUGAAGAAGGACUUAGAGCAAGCUCGUGAGAGAUUGAAGAGUUUGGAAGAUCAUGUUGAAGCAGAACGAGCAUCGCAUUUAGAAACGAAAUUCAAUUCAGAAAUUGUUCAGUUGCGUGUUCGCGAGUUGGAAACGGAUCUUGAGUCGAAGAUAUCUUCUCUGAACGAAGCAUUGACAACGGUGGACACUUUGACACAACAAAACAGAGAGUUUCAAGAAAGAUUGAAAACAGAGCAGGAGGAAAGAGCGGAAAUCUCGUCAAAGUUGAAGCAACUACAAGAAAAGUACAUACAGGAGAAGAAAAGGACAAAAGAGGAUCAGGCGGAGAAACUGGGGAUUAUUAAAGAAUUAUCCCAACAACUUGAGACUCACCAGCAAAAUUUUGAUAUUCUGAAACGCGAACUUAAUCAGGCAAAAAAACAUCAAAUUGAGUUCGACAACAACCACAUCAAUUGCCUAACAGAACUUCAGACGUUAGUAACUACGUUCGGCCAGUCCAAACAUCUAAAGUCGAAAACAGGUUCUGCUAACAAAGAAAGUCCGUCAUCGUCUUCAUCAACAAUCGCUUUACUUGAUAAACUUCGUCAGAUAAUCUUGGAUCAUGAGACGACAAGAGCGAACGCCGUAAAUGAGGCAAAACAGCUGAAGAUAAUGGUUGAAAAUUUAACGAGGGAAAAUAGUGGUUAUCAGAAUCUCAUGUGGUCGAGAGAUCAAGCGGUGGAGGAUGUUAAACAGGCUGCAAGUCAAGUCAAACAAGAAUUAGCAGAAGCUCGUCAACAACUGGCCAGUAAACAGAAGGAAUGCUCUCAAUUUGAAUUGGAAGUACAAAAUUUGAAAAAAGAAGUGGAUGAAGAACGGAGGAAAAGAGUUAAAUAUAACCAAGAGAUGAUGGAAUCACGAAGCAAACAUGCUGGCGAAAAUCAGACUCGUAUGUCGUUCUUACACACAAUCUACCAAUGUCUGGUUGCUGGACAAUUAUAUAAAUCACCACCAAGUGCUGGCAGUUCAUACGAAGAUUUCUCUUGGGAAGACAUGACGAGGCUUCUCUCUGAUCAGAUUGCUAACCUCAUCACGGAACUGAACAGAUCAAAGGAAAAGGCUGUGCGCAUGGAGGAAACGUUGAACAAGAAAGAUGAUCAUAUUAAAGAGGCUCAGAAUGAACACGAGGCGACUAUUAAAAAGUUAUCGCAAACUCUGAAAGAUCGUGAAAAUUCUUGGAAAACUCAAAGUAAAGAACUUGAAGAGCAUUACGGGAAACUCAUAACAGAUCUUCACCACAGAGUUCAGAAAACGCAGGAAGUCGCAGAUGAAUCCUGGCAGAAUCUGCAACAGUUAAACACGAUCAGGGAGGAACUCGAAGUUCAAAAUAAAACACUUAAAAACUCCCGGAAGAAAUACAUCAAAGAAAAGACAGCGCUCUUAGCAUCUUGUGCAUUACUGGCCGGUACAUUAUGGCCGGCUUUUACUCAGAUUGAGAUCCUUAAGAGUCAAAAACGAUGUCUUUCCGAUAUGAAUUUACGUCUAAAUGAACUGCACGAUCACACAGUGUUUUUAUGCGAUACUUUGAACAGUGAACUUGGUGGAAACGCUGCGCAGGGCACCCAUGCUUUGUUGAAGUUUCGUAUUGGGGUAGUGGCAGUUCUUGCGUUGCAUCGUUUCGUGAAUUUGGCUUUACGUCGAAAGACUGGCAUAACCGUGUCCGGGGGUCCUGUAGAGGGCCUGGAAACGAAGCUGGUGGUGCAUUGUGGAAGAUCAAAGAGUGGUGAGGUUGAAUUUCGAGGUGUUGGAGAGCAGAAGUGUGUAUUCGUUGAGCCUUUGAAGAUCGUCUCUCCUUCUUGGUUUAGCAAUGAACAGCUUCUGUCGCACGUUGUUACUUCUAUGAAUGAACUGUGUGAGAAAUUAGCUAGAAAAGAUGAAAGAGAUUCGGCUGACUCCUGGAGCCCCGAGUCUUCUGUUAGCACGACAAGAAUCGCCAAGCAUUGCUACCAGAGGCUGCUCAGUAAACUUCGUGAUGAAUUUGGCGAUUGUGGCGAUGUUGUGAAUCAAUCUCGCCUUCAAACUAGUCCCAGAAGUAACUUGUCAUUAAUGCUGGCAAAUGGUUUACGAAGAUGCUUGAGAAAGGCAGGAGAGCCUAGAAAACAUCGCUCUACCGACCCCGAGGAGUUGGUUAAGACGCUUCAGGCGUUUGUCUUGGGUCUAACACAACGUCUUCACAAAGUCGAGGUUGAAAGACGUGAUUUGAGAACGAAGGUGAACGAUGUUGAAACGGAGAAUGAUGGUUUGAGAAAAUCUGUUGAAAAAAGACAACUUGAAGAAAAGAGGGCACAUCAAGAUAUUGAAGAUAUGCGAGAGAAAUUGACCUCGACUGUUCCUCGCACAGACUUUGAGAAGCUGUACUCCGAAUUAUCCAACGCUUUAGAGCGAGAAAAGCGAGCUCAGGAUAUCUUGAAUGAACAAUCAGAACAACUGAAAGAUAUGGAGAGACGAUUGCAUACUGUGAACAAAAACAGCGAACAAACAGACAUCACUCUUGCUGAGGCAGUUAAGAAUCUGUCUGAAGCUAAAAUGGAGAUACGUCGGAAGGAACAAAAUGUUCAAAUUGUAACGAAAGAUACACAGUUAGUGGAGAGCGAGAAGCGUUUGCUGCAAGGAAAAUUAAAUGAUGCAGAAAAAGCUAUGACUGGAGCGGCAAGGGAAAAAGAAACUGUUUUACUUUACCUAAAAACCGUCCAGAAAGGUCUGGAAGAAAAUAAAGCCGCCAUUAAACAGACACGACAAGGUUUUUAUGAUCUCUCGAAGUUUUUGUUGAGCGAUGCGAAACCGGGGGGUGACGGUUAUUCACUUGGACCAACGUUAUUAGCAUGUCAGAGUGUUGUGAACGGCUUUCUUGAAGUUCAUCAACAAACAUUAGUCUUGGUCACACAAGUGGAAGCAGAGAAACAGCAGGCGCAACUGAAGAUCGAGAGUUUAGAAAACGAGAUGAAGUCAUGUCGGUCUCACAUCAAUACGUUGAAAGACGAGCUGGCCGCUGCUUGUCAAAGACAAUUGAGUGACGAUGAUCUUUAUCAGUAUCAGGGUGAUGUGCCGGCCACCAUUCCUCCUAACAACAGACAAGAUUCAGUCCAUUUUAUCGAACAAAAUGAUAGCGAGAGUUACAAUCGUGAAUAUGUUCCAUUAAUGAGAUAUGAGUCACUUUCGCCCGUCAAGUCUCCAAGAAAGCCCCAAGAAAAGACGUCUUAUUCGAGACGUGAAACCAAAACGCCAUCUGAUCGUGCAAAUCGAUCAACAAAACCAUCCAACAGGUAGAACAAGAGAACCUGAAGGAACAAUACUAAUAUUAUUUAUACAAAAUGAUUAAAAAAUGCUCGGUUUGUCUGCGUGAAGACUAUACCAAGUGAAUUACCAAACUAACACAGACUAUAGUCUAAAGUCGUUCUUAAAGCUU